AUGGAUGAAGAAUUGCGCAUGCUCGAGCAGGAGUACUGCCCGCCAAUAGACCCUACCCUAUUGUACACUAUAUACUCAGAUUAUGCAGGGGAACCGAACGCCGUUAGCCUUACGAGGCAUCUGCUGGACACCCUAAAAAUUACAGCCGAUAUCGAGGCGCUCAACUUCGAUCCAUCUGGUAGCAGCGGAGGCGCCGUCCAAGAUGCCAGCAAGCAUAGCACCGACGUAGAGUCCAACGCCGAUUCGUGGGCGACGCAGACGGUAGCGACGGAUCAAUCGAACCUCUCCAGCGACUCCAUGCGGAGUGGAAGCGGUCGGUCGGGAAGCGACGAAGGCUCAUUUGAGAGCGGAUACUACAAGGACACGAAGCAAUUUGAUGUUCCGACCAAGGAGCUGCUGCUCGCCGAGACAUUCCCGGGGCUGCGUCUCUCCCAGGUGACGUAUACGCUGAGGAAAUGCGGCUACGACUACGACAAAGCGACGGACGAGCUGCUGAACCAAGUCUUCUUCGACGAUAGCAGGAAGAGCCCUACAGAAGAAGGUCCGAUUGCCAGGGGGAUCGAAGCUUUCUCUGAAGAUCAUGUGGUGCCGCAUCGUGGAAAGAAGGGCAAGAACAAAAAGAAGCAGAAAGUCUCUCUGAACGGGCCAGACACGAGCUACUUUGUCGAAGCAAACGCGACGUCAAACCGCUGGCAGAAUACAAGUCGUGACGUGGAGUUUGUAACCUCACGUACGAAUGUCCCUCCGAAGACAGUGUCUUCCAUCUACCACGCAAACGGCGCAUCUUUGUCAGCAACCGUACUGGCCGUCGUGCGGAAGGAUAUUGAGGCACACAGAAAGGAGGAGCCAGACGCCGCGUUAGUGCAGGAUGCAAUCGCUCUUAAUGAAAGCUUUCCGUCCAUGGACCUAGAGUAUGCUCUUGCUCUGGUGCGCCUCGCUACUCCAUCUACGACAAAAGCCCAGGAGCUCGCCAAGUCCCUCACUCAACAGCCGGCGAGUGAGACGGGCGGCAAGGGUGGCCUCAAACUCGACUUUCGAUAUGCUCCAGUCGAUUUAUCCGAGCCUUCAGAAGAAACGAGGCUGCCAAUGCUAGCACCAUCUGCGCGGCCGCGCGAUGUAGCGUCCACCACCGCUGCCCGUAACGAUGCUUUUGAAAAGGCAAGUGGCGCUUACCGCAGAGGCAAAGGAGCGCCUUCCAUGAGGCAAGCAGCAGCGUACUACGCGCAAGAGGGACGUGAUCUCAACGCCAACCUCAAAGUUAUGAAUGCAGCCCAGGCUGACGCGCUCGUAUCAGCGCAGUCUGGGCCUACACAUUUAGACUUGCACGGAGUAAGCGUUGCGGACGCGACGAGCAUUGCAAAACAACGCACCCGAGCCUGGUGGGACGGUCUUGGGGAGCGAAGACUACCUGAGUGGAGUGGUCCUGGUAGGAGAGGUGGCGGCGAAGCAUAUCGAAUCAUCACAGGUCUAGGCCGACACAGCGAGGGCGGUAGAGGCAAGCUAGGGCCCGCGGUCCUGAAAACACUAGUCAACGAAGGCUGGAAAGUGGAGGCUGAACCUGGGGAGUUGUAUGUUACAGGCUUGGCAAGGAGGAGAUGA